ACUGGUCCACGCCAACCGUCUGAAGCCAUAUUUUGAUCCUGCUGAUCGUCCACAGUAUCCUCCAGAACCAUACCUCAAUGACCCCAAUGACAUAGAUUCAGGAGUCAUGGAUGACAACGAGGAACCAGUCAAUGAUACUCAGCUUGACAGCAACAAUUCUCCAUCAACAAGUUCAACUUACCAGGCUACUGAUCAAUCACCUCCACAACAGAAAGGUAAGAAGGUCAAUUCCAAAACAAAGGCAGGUACUUCCAGCAACAAGUGUCCGAAGCAAAAGACCCCAACAAAGAAGAAAAACCCUGCUCCAAGUACAACAGAAAAACCUGCCAGUCCCCAGUACAACAAUGACGAAGGAAAAUCAUGCCACACCAGGUCCUAGUGCUCCAACCAAGGAAAAUGAAAAGGUAAACAAAGGGAAAAGAGGAGUGAAUAGUAAGCAUCACCAGCCCAAAUCCAGAAAACAACCCGACGACAGCCAGGUACAACCUCCAAGUCCAACAUCAGGUAAUCAAACCAAGGAUAUCCCUCAGGUUUUUAAUCCAGAGGACAUCCACUAUACAAGUACUAUAUAUGCCAGGUGACUGUUAUGGCAUUUUUGCAGAUUGUCAAUAAAGCAUGAAGAAAUUAUUUGGCCUCGGUUGGUAUACAUUUAUCUUGAUGUCAACUGAUAUCAUAGGGGAGAACAAGAAGCACAAUCUGUAUUGCCAUGAUGUCUACACAACACGUGACUAUCACCAGGCUAAGUCUCAUCCUAUGCACAUUUAAUUGAAAAGUGAAACAUUUUAAAGUCAGCCUAUGCGUUUCCUUUUUCUUGAGGAGUGUAUUUGCUAGGGAGAGAAAAAACAUCUUCAACCACAAUAUGUCGCCAAAUGCUAGUAUUAGAAACAGAAUGCCUAAAUGAAAAUGAUAUAUUUUACACUAUAGUAGGUGACUGGUUUGACAUUUUUUUUCAGCUCAUCAAUAAAUCAUGAGCUGGUUGGGCUAUGCUGAUGCUGCUGAUUUAGCACGAGCAGAAGAAGCGGCAAGAAACGAGGCCAGGCGAGCGAAGGAGGAACAGGACCGUGCAGACAGGGAAAGGAGAAAUGCUGAGGAAGCAAGGAAACAAGCAUCUGAUAGUGAAUCAAGAGCUAAAGUUGCUGAAGAACAAGCACAAAAGGAAAGCCAUACAGCGCAAGAGGAGAAAGAACUUGCAGACAAAGAAAGGAAGGCUGCUGCUAAAGCAAAGGAAGAAGCAGCUACAAGCGCAAGACGAGCUAAAGUUGCUGAAGAACAAGCACAAAAGGAAAGCCAUAGAGCGAAAGAGGAGAAAGAACUUGCAGACAAAGAAAGGAAGGCUGCUGCUAAAGCAAAGGAAGAAGCAGCUACAAACGCAAGAAGAGCUGAACAAGCUGAAGAACAAGCACAAAAGGAAAACCAAAGAGCAAAGGAGGUGCAGACAAUUGCGGACAAAGAGAGAGAGAGAGCAGAAGAGGCAAGAGUGCAUGCAGAAAAAGAAGCCCGAAUAUCAGAGGAGAUGAGACAAAAGAAGGAGUCUGCUGAGCAAGAAAAGCAACGUCUUCUGGAUGAGAAAAAUGAAAAGCAGAGGAGAGAUGAAAAUUUAAUGCAAUUUGCAUGGGGUCCAAAGAAGACAGAACGAGGAAGGUGGACUUCACAGGAGGUUGAACAUCUUCGCAACCAAUUUCUUGAACACAUGUAUGACAAGGAAGGGAAGCUGAUUCGUGGAAAGAUCCUGAUAUUUGGCCCUAGCGGUGCCGGAAAGUCCUCCUUCUGCAAUGGCCUUAGAUCAGCACUGAAGGAUUCUGCCGCACCUGCCAACUACUAUGCCGUUGGUAAUCUUCACGAGUCACUUACUAGCAACUUCCAGCCUACACAAUAUGGGGACCACUGGAUUAUUGACAUGCCAGGAAUAUUUGAAUCCAGUGAUUUCAAAACGGAAAAUAUUAAAGCUAUUGCAUCCGGCAAGGUUCGCUUUGAUGCCCAGAUUACAAAACGUCUUGAUGUGACAGGCAACCUGCAAGAGGCACGAAGGGACGUAUCAUGUGUUGUGCUGGUUCUCCAUCAUGGCAUCACUUUGGGUGAUGAAUUGAAACGUCAGAUAGAAGCUGUCAUACGAUUGGGGGGAGAUGGCGCCCUGUCCUACCACCUGGUGCUGACUCACCUGGACGAAUGUGACCCGCAGUUCAAGGACCCAGAUAAUCUCCCCAACCUGUACAAUUCACCUCGAGUACAGGAAGCUGUGAAGAUGAUGUCAGAACAAACUGGCAUUCCACCAUACGCCAUCAGUUAUGUAAAGAAUUAUGUCACGGAAACAAAAACACACACCAACGCGAAGCUGCUUCACCUGGAAGCUCUUGACAGAAUCCUCACCUCUGCAGCUGACCAAGUGGAGAAGAUGAUUGAUUUAAAACUUAAGAAGAACAUGUAUGAGGAUGCCCCUGAUACUGAGGAGACACAAGCUGUAUCCGAAGAGAAAAAGCUUACAUCAACCGACUGGACCAUCCCAAUGUCAAUAUUUGCUGUUGUAAUGCUUUUCGUGGCUGUGGUAUAUAUGUUUAUCCAGUGAAUGUAAAACCUUUCUCUGAGUAUGUAGGCAAAAUGUCCUCAAUAAUUUGUAGGUAAUGUCAUUCACCUUCACUCAAAACUAAUAACCAAUGUGUAUUAUUAAUUUACAAAUAUAUGAAUUAUUUUAAAAGAACAUAUUUAUAUUUGUAAUCAUGGGAAACAUAUGUGAAAGAAAAACACGAUGGGUGCUCAGCUUAUUCAGCUAACGAAUGAAAACUUGAAAUAUGAUGCCGAGCCGAUACACAGGCUGUAUCUGAAAGAAAAAGCUUGCGUCAAUCGACUGGACCAUCCCAAUGUUAAUAUCUGCUGUUGGGAUACUUUUGUUGGCUGUGGUAUAUAUGUAUGCCCAGCAAAUGUAAAACUAUGCUCUGCUAUGCAUAUGAAAGCCAUAUGUUUUGACAUUAGUGAGUGAGUGAGUUAAACUUGAAAGUCACAUCGUUACUUCACAGCCAGUACACAGAUUGAAGUGAUGAUAUUAGUAUUUGUUUGCUGUGAUUCUCAGUAUAUUCAUUAGAGCAUGUUUUUGAGCAAGAGAAAUAAAUACAACCCACAGAGUGAAAUCCAAAAAUAGGGACACUACUGAGCUGUGACUUGCCUUUGCAUGUGUGUCUGACCGGUGUCACUGGUGGGGUACGCUCACCUUUUCACGAACACCUGGUAUCAUCACUUUUCCAUAGUGAUUCGUAAACACAUGCUCAUGAUAUAGUCGGACCCUUUUUCUAUACACUUGGUUUUUAGCAGAUCUCUUAUGAAUAUGGAAAGAGCUUGUAUUAUAAGUUUUGGAAUGGCAUUUGUCUGAGGCAUCAUAUGAAUAACAUUACUAUGGAUUGCAGGUAUUUGGAGACUGUGAUUCUUAACAUUUUCAUCAGGUCAUGUUUUUUACCAAAUAAAUUCAACAAAGAUUGUGUAUUCCAAAUAUUAGAGACACUACUUGCCUGCUGCUUGCUUUGUUGUUUUACGCCGCACUCUAGCUAUAUGACGGCGGUCUGUAAAUAAUCAGGUCUAGAACUAACAAUGCAGUGAUUGACAUCAUGAACAUCGAUCCACGCAAUUGGGAUACGAUGACAUGCAUCAAGUCAGCGAGCCUGACCACUCGUUUGUCGCCUCUUGCGACAAGCACAGUCACAUUUUUCGGCAAGCAUGGGUUGCUGAAGAUCUAUUCAACCCCGAAUCAUCAGGGUCUAGGGACACAACUGUUCUGUGACUUGCCUUUGCAUGUGUUUCUGACUGGAACACCUGGUUUCAUAGUGAGUUCGUACACAUAUGCUAAUGAUAUCGUCGGACUCGUACAAUCGACUUUAAUUUUAGCAAAUAUUUGUUAUGACUAUGGGAAGUGUUUUUAUUGUAAUAUUUAGAAUUGCAUCGGUCUGAGGCAUCAUUUGAAUAAAAUGAGGGCAGAAACAUACAUUUUGUAUGGUAUUUGAGCAGUAAGUUUCCUAUGGAACAAUGGAAUACAUAAUUUACCAUAAAGUUGUCAAUAAAACAUGAACA